UACUUCCUCGCUUUUCACUUUUUGUACCUUUUUCUUUCUUGUCAACUCGAGUAACAUAGCAGUUAUACACCGCUCCAUACUAUUGCUUAUGGUACGGGAAUAAUUCUCGAAUAAGUCUAAAGACUUACCUACCUACCUACCUACCUAAAGCUUAUAAGACACAUCCUAGCGGUUAUAUUCGGCCAUUAGAAGAGGAGAGGAGCAAGGAGAAGAGGCGACGGGCAAGAGAAAGAAGUAUCGCAACAUCAGUAACGAUGGACAGCAUCGUUCUUCAAGAUGAUGCCGCCGCUUUGGCCCAACUAGGGCAUAAGCAAGAAUUAAAGCGUAACUUCUCUAUGAUCUCAAUGUUAGGACUCGCCUUUGCCAUCCUAAACACUUGGACCGCCCUCGCCGCCUCCAUCACGCUAGCGUUACCCUCCGGCGGCCCCAGCGCCGUCGUCUGGGGUCUCAUCGUCGCCGGCGUGUGCAACUUGUGUCUCGCCGCCUCCCUUGCCGAGUUCCUCUCCGCGUGGCCGACCGCGGGAGGACAGUACCACUGGGCGGCCAUUGUGGCGUGGAGGAACUGGAGCCGCGGCAUCAGCUACGCGACAGGUUGGAUAAACGUCAGCGGCUGGGUUGCGCUAACGGCCACCGGAGGCUUGCUCGGCAGCACGUUUAUCAUAAAUAUCAUCUCGCUGCUUCACCCCAACUACGAGGCCGAACCGUGGCAUCAGUUCCUUAUUUAUAUCGGAUUCACGCUGAUCUCGCUAGCCAUCAACGCCUUCUCGACGCGUCUGCUGCCGCUGUUCACCAAGGCCGCGUUUUUCUGGAGUUUGGCGGGUUUUGUGGUGAUUAGUAUUACGAUAUUGGCUUGCUCGUCACCCGAAUACCAGAGCGGCGAGUUUGUGUAUGGAGAAUUCAUCAACGAGGUUGGCUGGCCCGAUGGUCUGGCUUGGUUACUGGGAUUGCUGCAGGGCGCCUUCGCACUCACGGGUUUCGAUGCCGUGGCCCAUAUGAUUGAAGAAAUCCCACAACCUCACGUGAAAGGCCCGCGUAUCAUGCUGGCGUGUAUUGGCAUUGGCAUGAUAACCGGUUUCAUAUUCUUGAGCUGCCUGCUCUUCUGUGUCAACGACAUCGACACGGUGAUCAACUCCAGGGCGGGGCCGCUUCUCCAGAUAUUUAUAGACUCGACACGCAGCCCAGCAGGCAGCGUGUGUCUGCUCAUGUUUCCGCUAGUAUGUAUGUUGUUCACUAGCACGACGUUGAUGACGACAAGCAGUCGUAUGUCGUAUGCCUUCGCCAGAGAUCGCGGACUCCCCUUCAGCAGAAUCUUUGCGCAGGUUCAUCCGCAGCUGGACGUGCCCCUAAACGCGCUGCUGUGGACUGCUGCUUGGGUGGUUGUGUUUGGGUGUAUCUUCCUCGGAUCCACUAGCACGUUCAACGCCAUCACGUCGGCCUCUGUCGUUGCCCUCGGCAUUACGUACGCCAUCCCGCCGUGUAUCAACGUGCUUCGUGGGCGAAGAAUGUUACCGGAAAACCGGGCGUUCAAGCUGCCAGGGGUCCUUGGCUGGAUUCUGAACCUGGUUGGCAUUGGCUGGACGAUCCUAACGACGGUGCUGUUCGUUUUCCCGCCCGAGAUCCCCGUUACGAGCGAAAACAUGAACUACUGUAUUGUCGCAUUUGGUGUUAUCCUGUUGAUAUCCGUGGUCACAUGGAUAUUUGAUGGGCGCAAGAACUACGCCGGGCCUCACGUCGAAGUGGAAGGAUUAGAAGGGAAGGUUGGGGGAGUGGAAGCUGUGCACGAACAUCCCGUUGAGGCUGGCGAUAUGGCCAAGGGUGUAUCUAAGUAGAUAUGAGUCUGGUUGGUGAAAUAUCUUAGAAAAGAGAAAAGAGGUCAAGAGGCUUUUUGACGGCUUAGAUAAAAAUGCAUAGCAGAGUAGAGCAGAGCAUAAGAACAUACCAGGGAAUAGACGCCAUCAUCAGAUAAUGUUGAUACUGAAGAUCCGCAUGAAAUUCAUUGUCUUGCAUUGUCUUGGAUCGUCUUCCAAAUCCUGGUCGUGUCUUGGAUAUGCUACCAUAUUAGGAAAUAGCAUACCUGCGACUUAUUCAAGUAUUGGUGUUGGUGUUGGUGUUAGUGUUGGGGUGUCGGUGAUGA